CAAAAUCAGGACCGGUGGGCCACUAAAAACCCAUUUCGGGAAAGAAACCGUCAACCGUCCACGUUGAUCAGUCAGCUGUUUGAGUGGAGUGGAUGGUGGGAGUGACCUGGCCACCAAAAUGGGUUAUGUCACUGAAAACUCAUUCCGGGAAAGAAACCGUUCAAAACGUCUGGUGAUCAGGUCCAUCUGUUUCCGAGGAUUGGUAUGGUCCACCUUGACCAACGGUCAAAGAUCAGAAGGUCCAGAUCUCAGGAUCAUGUGAUUUCUAGUACAUACAUCAUGGGCCCCACCAAACGAGCGCUCCAGAUUACAAGCCCGGGCAUCCAUUUUUCUUCUCUUAUUGUGGGCCUCAUUUCUAAUUCCUUUUAAUCUCAACCAUCCAAACAACCGUACUUCCAGACCACCCUCAAAAUACCCAAUACGUAUAUUUUUCCACCACUACGUAUCCAACCCCUAAAUAUAGCAAAGAAAACCCACAUCAGUCCAAACUAAGUAAAAAAUACGUAUUUUAUACGGUUACACAGCCCAUACUCCGUCAAAACGCCCUAUACCGUACGUUCCAUCUUGCCCAAAACCCGACAAAAAUACCCGCUUUCAUCUCCAACCAAUCCCACCAAGCCACGUAGGACUCCAUCCCAACGGCCAAAACUAACGCCGUCAGUUUCCCGCCACAACCAAAACGCCACCCACCCCUAGUUUGGCACCUGAAAUAACGGAAAGUGAUAACGGCCACAAACUCGUUUAUACUUAAACCUGAUUAUUCGCUUAAUAUCCACCAAAUUACAACUCCCUAAAUUGAAAUUUUGAUUUUCCAUUUUCAUUUUGUCGAUUUCUUUAAUCCGAUUCCGAUCAUCGGCCGGAUGGGGUCCACGACCACAGCGGUGAAAUUCGUUAUCGUGGUAUGGCUCGCGGUCGUGGGCGGAUCGAUCACGGCCGUUAAUGGAGAUUUUAAUUACAAGGAGGCGCUUACGAAAUCGAUUUUGUUCCUCGAGGCGCAACGGUCCGGGAAACUCAAGAACUCGCGGAUCCCAUGGCGGGGUGACUCUGGUCUCCAAGACGGCAACCUUGAGAAUGUGGACCUUGUUGGUGGAUACUAUGAUGCAGGUGACAAUGUGAAGUAUGGAUUUCCCAUGGCAUUCACCAUCACAACUCUCUCUUGGGGAGCACUCUUCUACCGGGCUGAGCUGAAGGCGGCCGGAGAGCUCGAAAAUGUAUACUCUGCGAUCCGGUGGGGGACGGAUUUUUUCCUCAAAGCUGCUGCUAGACGAAAUACCUUGUGGGUCCAGGUGGGAGACCCGAUUGCCGAUCACGAAUGUUGGAUUCGGCCGGAGAACAUGGCUACACCAAGAACGCUUAUGCAGAUCAAUCAGAGCAUGCCUGGCACUGAGAUAGCAGCUGAGACGUCCGCUGCAUUGGCCGCCUCCUCGAUUGUGUUUAGGAACGUUGAUCACAAGUACUCCCGAAGCCUGCUCAACAAAGCGAAAUUACUUUUUCAGUUUGCAAAGAACCAUAAAGGAACCUUUGAUGGAGAAUGCCCCUUCUACUGUUCUUUCUCUGGCUACAAUGAUGAGCUGUUGUGGGCAGCUACAUGGCUAUACAUCGCAACAAACAGACCAACGUAUUACAAAUACAUAACAGAGGAAGCCAUCAGUGCCAGUGUUGCUGAGUUCAGCUGGGAUCUCAAAUACGCUGGUGUCCAGAUCCUACUCUCCGGCCUGCAUUUCUUGGGAGAUGAAAAUCUGCAGAAUUACAAGACGCAAGCAGAUAAUUUCGUUUGCGCAGUACUUCCAGAUAGUCAGUACCACCAAGUCUACAUUACUCCAGGUGGUCUGAUUCACCUACGGGAUGGCGCUAACACACAGUACGUCACGAGCACCGCGUUUCUGCUCAGCGUCUACAGCGACAUGCUUGCCAAACACAAGCAAACCGUCUCGUGCGGCGAUCAGCAGUUCGAUUCGAACCGCCUUAUGGCCUUCGCUAAACAACAGAUGGACUAUUUGCUAGGCAAUAAUCCAUUGGGCCAGUCGUACAUGGUCGGAUUUGGUAGCAAGUCACCAAAGCAGCCCCACCACCGCGGCGCGUCGGUCCCUGUGCUAUCGUCGAAUGAGAUAGUGAACUGCGCCAUGAGCUUUGUCCACUGGUACAACAAAAACGCACCCAACCCCAAUGAGCUGACUGGUGCCUUCGUCGGCGGGCCCGACCGCUACGACAACUUUGCAGACCAGCGCUGGGACUCAUCCAAGCUCGAGCCGACCACCUACAUCAACUCCAUCGCCAUCGGAGUCCUCGCAAAGCUUGCCAAACACCAUGUUUGAGAUUGAUUGUCAUAUAGCUACGUGUGCUAUGCAUGUGCAGUUAGUGCUGGAACCAUGCAACAUGUGCUGAUUGGUAAGCCCUCAUGCGGCCCAGAUGGUAAAGACUUUUCAAUGGAUAUGAACGAUUGAUGAGGGCAAGGACUGAUAAUCACCUUGGCACUAACAGGAGAAACUUAUAAAUACAAAAUGAGUAUACAUUUGUAAUUUGCGGUUUUAAGUUCUAUUGAAAUACUCUUAUAGA